AUGAGUCGAUCACGCUGUGGUAAUAAGGACCCACCGCUCAGUUUCUCGACAAAUACUGCUGGAUCAUUAGGACUAAAAUGGUCACGUUCAACAUUGACUUGGUCUCUGAGAAACUAUUCACCACGUAUUGGUGCAGCAGAGUCACGAAGUAUCAUUCAGCAAGCAUUCGAUGCUUGGUCUCAACAUAUUCCAUUGGAUGUCAAGCAAGUCUGUUCGACAUGCCCAGCGAAUAUUGUCAUUGAUUUUGGUUAUAGAGAUCACGGUGACGGUUACCAUUUCGAUGGACAGGGUGGAACAUUGGCACAUGCCUAUUAUCCUGAAGAUGGUCGAAUACAUUUCGACAUGGAUGAGCCAUGGACAAAUAGGUAA